UCUUCUUGACGGCUGAUGAUGACAUGUCAACAACAAACAUGGCAACCAGCAGCAACUACUGGGAAGAUUUGCGUAAACAGGCGAGACAGCUGGAGAAUAAGCUGGAUCUCAAGCUGGUCUCCUUCAGUAAACUGUGCACCAGCUACAGCAGCAGCAGUCAUGACCAGCGAACAAGAGACAGCAGGUCUGAUUCUUGUGGCUCCUCUCAAGACAAUAUGCUUGUAGCCAUGACGACUGAACUGGAGCAGCUCUUGGCCGGUCUUACAGCAGUCAAUGACAAAAUGGCAGAAUACACAAACACCCCUGGAGUUUCGUCUCAUAAUGCAGCAUUGAUGCACACCUUACAAAGACACAGAGACAUUUUACAGGACUACACUCACGAGUUCCACAAAACCAAAAGCAACUUCUCCAGCCUGCGAGAGCGAGAGGAUCUACUGGGCUCUGUUCACAGAGACAUUGAGUCCUACAAGAGUGGCUCAGGGGUGAAUAACAGAAGGACUGAGCUCUUCCUGAAGGAACACGAACAUCUAAGAAACUCAGAUAGGCUUAUUGACAAUGCAAUAAGUAUCGCCAUGGCUACCAAAGAGAACAUCACAUUUCAGCGUGGGAUGCUGAAGUCCAUUCAAACCAGGGUCACAACUUUGGCCAAUCGUUUCCCUGCCAUCAACAGUCUCAUCCAGAAAAUCAAUUUGCGCAAGAGGCGGGACUCUUUAAUUCUAGGUGUGGUGAUUGGCGUCUGCACCAUACUCCUGUUGCUCUACACUUUCCACUGACUCGCUGACCCGACCUGGACAAACAAAAUGUAUAUAUGUUCCUUGUAUCUCACACCAAGUGUUGCCAAGAUAUUUUUAUUCUUUCAUACGUUCUUCAAUUGUAAUUUACUCUACCUAUAAAAACAGUUAAAAACUAAACAGAUUUUACUGUAAAUAUCACAUAGAAAGAAGUCUUAAUUAAAAUGAAAGCAUUUCAACUCUCAUAUUGGAGAGUUUAUUUAUUUUCUGAAUUCUAAUAACAUUUCCGUCUGGGAAUUUGUAUAUUACUGCUUGUAAUCUGUUGCAACUUUAACUAUAUAAAUGCACGAAGUAAUAUUUUACUAGUGUACUGUUGAUGUUUCCUAAAUAAAGGUGAUGAGCUCACGCUCAGGUUGGUCA